UCAUGGCGUGAAGCUGCUGUAUCUGUCCGUAUAGUAGAAAAGCAUCCUUGGCUUAUGUGCUUUCGUAAACGUGGCAACUUGGUUGAACUCCGCGAUCCGUUACAUUGGACUUCGUACACUUUGAGUUUGCCAGAGUUAGCUGACUCCACUGUGGGUUACGCAAGAGACGGCUGGUUACUUAUGAAUAAAACUAGAUCGAAAGACGUGUUCUUCUUCAAUCCGUUUUCACGGGAGGUCAUAACCUUGCCAGAGUGUGAGCUGGAUUUCGAUAAGAUUGCGUUCUCUUGUCCUCCAACAUCAGAUAACUGUGUGGUGGUAGCUAUAAGGUUUCCAGAUUUUUCUGCCACGAUCAGCACUUGCCAUCCUGGAGAUGAUAAGUGGGUUACUGCUACAUACCCUAGUUAUAUAAGGGCUCAUAGGCGGAGCAACAUUGUCUACCAGAAUGAUCGAUUCUAUUGCUUCAGUGCAGACGGAACUUUGUCUUCGUUUAACCCAUCUUCAUGUACGUGGAGUUACCUUUGUGCACCUCAACUCAAUUGCUCGUAUAUCAACGAUGGAAACAAUGCAAGGAAGGAGACUGCAGUUGCCUUGGCAGAGAAGGAAGGAGAGCUCUUUGUAAUAUUUAGGAGCAGCAACGAGAGGCCAAUGGUGUAUAAAUUACUAGUCUCUUUGGAGGAGUGGGAGGAGAUGAGUACGUCUACAUUUGAUGGCUUGACGAUAUUUGUAGGUUUUUGUAACUCGGAGUUGAGAACUAAUCUCCCAUGGAUGAGGAACAGUAUCUAUUUCUCAAGGUUUGGUUACAAUCGUAAACAUUGUGUAUCCUACUCGUUUGAUGAAAGCAGGUACAAUCCGCCCAAGGAAUGGCAGAACUGGAUAGAACUAUGUCCUCCUCAAAGCCUCUGGCUCGAUCCGCCUCCGAAAAAUGUGUUAAGCUCUUUGCAUAACAAUUGA